GCAUCAUUGAUGAGGCUUCAUUCACACCCACAGCUGUUGGCUGACAUGUGUACACCUGGAAGACUGCAUUCAUUGCAAUGCACCUUCUGGUUGGGCUGAGUGUCAGCUGAGAAGACGUUCUCACAGCCCAGAGUACAUAGCAGUCACGCGCUCUCCAGAUUGCAUCCUUAUUUGUUGCCGCCAUCUCCCCAGCUUCUCUCCCGAUUCUCAAAGAUUCGUUUCCUUCUCGUCUUCUCAACGAAACUGACUCUAUUGGCGAUUCACAAUCUAUCUCACGAAUCACGAAGAUCCCCCAUUGAGGUAGUACAACACGUGCACAAUCACGCAAUGUUCAUCCUGUACACCACGCAAGACACCCUUCUUUCCAAGGAGAGUCAUCGGGCGAUGGCCUGUCGCAAGAUUGAUAGUUUAUCCGAUGUGAAUACCACUCCCGCGAUGCGGGGGAGGGUUGAGGAGGCUAGAGUGACUUUGAAAAAGCUCAUUGAGGGUCUAGAGAUGCUUGAACUCUCCGCUAGAGCUGUUGAUUGCUAACCCCCAGACUAGGACUGAGCAUCGAGCGUGAAACUAACGAUCCACCGGCGGCCUUGUACGAAGAGUACAUCCCAGGAGAAGACGAAUGGUAUUUGCCCGACCUGUAAUAAAAGGCUCUACCCUAUUAGAUCAUGGGCCUAUUUUUGGGAGUGUAAGGAAGUGUGAGUAGUAGUUAGCUUGUUUGAAUUGGGAAUAAUCUCUCUUCGGUAGCUGCAACCAAGAGUCCCCAGUGUCUCGUGAUAGCCUCAGGCCCCAAAGUUGACUCGUUCUAAUGACUACACAUUGAUUUGUUCUCUCGGUUCCGGGGUCAGUGACCGUAAAGGUCUUGCUAGGAUGAGGGCUUGCAAUAAAUACGAACGAAAUAACCACGAUCCGUCACACCCUCGAUUUGGGAUGGACACUGGAUCUAGGGUUGCGCACAGAUAUUUAACUUGCCAAUCAGACAAAUCA